CGAUGCCUCAUCCAGGAUGCGCUCAGCCUACCGUUUGUCUCGGCUCUCUCAGUACAUCACAGCCUUAUGUCAAAGCUUCCGAGAGACCGACGCAGCCAAUAGCCUCCAGCUGUAUGCACUUACAUCUUUGGCGGCACAACAGCCUGUGACGACACAAUUCUACGACUUCAGGAUUCUGAACAACCCAGGAGAGGUUCAGGCUGUGAUGCAAAGGUUGGGAAGUGCAGCAUCUGCCACCAUUGUAGAGGCGGCCUUCAACAGGCUGAAGCAGCUUCGGGACAGCGCCCCUAGGCACUUCCUGGAUGACUUGUCAAGGCAAGCCAGCGGAUUGGCUGCCACCAUGACGCCCAAGAACGUGGCUGCCAUUCUUCAUGCCUGUGCCAAGAUGGGGUACAAGAACAGGGAGAUGUUUCAGGCCUUGGUGUCUCAGGUGGCAGCGCCGCACAAGAUCAGCAGCUUCGAUUGCAUGGAGUCUUCCAGUAUUUUGUAUGCAUUGGGUUUGCUGCAAAGGACCCAGGACCAAAGAAACUCAGUUGUGGGCAGCGAGCCCUACAACAUAGAGGGAUCGUUGGAGCCCCGACGAGGUUUGAUCCCUGUGUUUCAAAUGCAAGAGGCGUUUGUGUCCAGCCUGGUGCAUGAGAUGCUGAAUCAGGACCUAUUCGCACUGUGCAGCGAGCAGCAGCUUGCCAAAGUUAUUUAUGGGUUGGGAAGGCUGAAGCAUCAAGAUAACAUGAUUGCCCUGUCGCUGGUGCGAGAGGUGACGAAAUCACACCGACUGGAAAGUUUCAAAUUUAUUGAGCUGACUGCCAUCUGGUUUGGCUUGGGGCAGAUGGAAAUAAAGCAUGGGGAGGCGCUGAUGCCCAUGGCACUUGAAAUGGUCAGACCUGAAAGGCUCUCCAUUUUCACAUCCGCAGAGAUUUCGAUGAUUUUGUUGUCGGCUGCAUGGAUGAAGAUAGACAACGAGCAGUUUCUUUCCAAAUUGUGCAAAGAGAUAUCCAAGAAAGAUAGGAAGUGCUCAAGCCAGACAGGCUCUCCGGGUUUUCGGAUCUGGGUCUAUCUGGCUUGCUCACGGGCAUCCCAAAGAAACAGUACACAGACAAGGCUGGCAUAG